AUGUCGUCAUCCUCCGUAACCGGGCCCACCGCCGACUACCACCCCCACCAGCAGCUCCUUCCGCCACCUUCCGAGCAGCUCUGCUACGUCCACUGCCGAUUCUGCGACACAGUUCUUGCGGUAAGCGUACCGAACUCGAGCUUGUUCAAACCUGUUACGGUCAGAUGCGGACACUGCACCAGUUUGCUGUCGGUCAACACGCACGCGAUGCUCGUCCCCUCGGCCAAUCAGCUCCAUCUCGGCCACUCGUUCUUUUCUCCGCAAAACCUUCUGGAGGAGAUUCGUAGCCCGGCUAACUUGCUUGUAAACCAGCCGAACCCAAACGAGCCCUUUAUGCCGGUUAGAGGGCUCGACGAGCUGCCUAAGCCUCCGGUGGCUAACAGACCUCCGGAGAAAAGACAGAGAGUGCCAUCGGCUUACAACCGGUUCAUAAAGGAUGAGAUCCAGCGUAUCAAAGCUGGAAAUCCUGAUAUAAGCCAUAGGGAGGCUUUCAGUGCAGCUGCUAAAAAUUGGGCCCACUUUCCCCACAUUCACUUCGGACUGAUGCCUGAGCAACCCGUGAAGAAGCCAAAUGUGUGCCAACAGGAAGGAGAGGAUGUGCUGAAUAUGAAGGACAACGGGUUUCUCUCGCCUGCCAACGUGGGCCUUUCUCCUUACUGA